AUGGAGAAUGUGUUCCCUAAGUUCGCAACAUCCCUCUAUAAAGAACUAAGAGCUAUAUUAGACGAUGAAAUAGACGGAGUAUCCUUGGAGUUAAAUGAACAAGAUCUGACUGAUCUCAAGGUGCCUUGUGCUUAUUAUAAUAAGGUCACCUUAACUAAUUUAGGUGUCCGUAUACCCAAUCCGGAGUCUGCCCUUAAUGAAGAGGCAGGCCGUUUACUUCUAGAGGAUUAUGACGAAUACACCCGCCAAGCGAGAAUCUUCACGUCUGUGCACGCACUAGCACCUGCUGCGACACAGAAACUUCCUCCGGGUUCUUGUCCUCAAGAGUCAACGAUACUUCGCGACUCAAACGGACCUCCCGAGAAAUCUACCUCACUGAAAAAGAAGAAAGCUUUGUCUGUCACCAAAAAAACAAUGAAGCGUCUCUGA